CAUAUUGAAUCCGUGGCCCGUGUGUGUGUGUGUGUGUGUGCACUGUGCAGUGUGUGUUAAUUUUUGCGCGUAUCCGGCCAUUACCAGCAGCGGCACACAGAGCGCGGGCGAGACACGCGGACCGAAAAACCGUGGCAAAAGUGCGUGUAGUUGGUUGGUUCGUUCGUCGUGUCGUUUUUUCCCGGCGAUUGUGUGUCAUCGUCGAAACGUAUUUUUUCCGAUGAAAUAAUAACUAAUCAUUAUCAAAAUAUUAUAAUCCGUCCCUCCGAGACGUGUGCGUUGGAUAUUGUGUAGUAUAGUAGUAUCACGAGCGAUAAUUAUUGUUAUUACUGAUUAACGUGUAGAGCCGCCGCCGCCGGGUAUCUCUGUCCGACCGCAAUCGAUCCGUUUGCGUCCUUGAUUGACCCUCGUCGCCGCGUUUAAUAUAAUAAUAUAAUUAUUAUCGUUGUCGUUUGCGUCGUGUGCACGUUGACGAUCUAUUUUUUCCGUAUCGUCGCCGUCAACGCGAGUCGUCGUACCCGUCGGCCGUGCCACUUGUUUUCGUUGGCCGAAUGAUCGAGCCGCUGCCGCCGCCACCAUACGCGACCAUUAAUUAAUUAAUCAAUCGAUUCUAUUUUGUCGUCGGCGUUUCGCGAACGACCGCGUCGUGCUUGCUGUGCAGGUGAACCGCCGAUGCCCAGGGCACCGCGAGCGACCACGAUGACGGACUACGUCGACGCGGCCGCAUCCGCCGCCGUUGUUGUUGUUGUCUACAACGACGACGUUAUCAAUGAUUGUUGCAGUGUUGUUGUGAUGUCGGAAUCACAACAUUUUGCAGCGUAACGAUCGGACAGCAGCAGUCGACCGACUCGUCGCCGCCGGACGCAAACAAACGUGAACGGAUAUUUUUCAUUAUCGUCGUCGUCGUUGUUGUUUUUGUUGUUAUCUUUUUAUUAUAAUAAUAAUAAAUAAUACAGUGGACGGCGCACACGGGAGACGACUUGAAAUUACAAACCGGAAUGAUGGCUACCCAGAUGGAAGUCGAUGACGAUGUAGUUGAUUUGAGCAUAUCGAGUCGGUCAACUAGGCCGUCGUCGAGAGACGAACCGCUCUCUUUGAAAAUGGGUCAAACAGACGACACUCACGGCCAUAUGAACGGGCAUUUGGCCAAUGGGUUCUCGACUACGGGGGACGAUUCUUCGGAAGACAGCGACGAUGAUAUGCCGCUCGAACUUCCCCCAUCGCCUAAGGACGUACUUACUCCGGAGUUGUUGUCCGAAAGAGAACAACUCAUCCGAGUACUUAAAGAGAAUCUCCGUUCCGAGGAGAUGACUCUGGUGUUGUUGAAAAAACUGCAACAAUCUCAACAAGUCAGUCAAAUUGCUCAGGCUGUCAACGUAACGCCGCAAGCGGCUCACACCAAGGAUCAUUCUAACUUGUUAUCUCAGUUGCCCACCGGCAAAUCAGCUCAACCGCCAAUGCCUCAUGUUCCUCACCAUUCGAAGCCGCCGCCGCCUCCUCUGAAUCGCUUGCCUUCGUCAUCGAGACAGCAUCAAUCGCACCAGUCAUCGUCGAGUCCUCUGAUGGGUUCGAGUAGAUUGCCUUCAAAUGGCGUGCAAAACCUACAGAGGCCGUCCAAUGGCCGAGGAUCUCAAAAUUCUGGCCAUUCUCCGUCAGUCACUCUGGAACGGGUUAUUAAAGAUCACCAUUCGUCAAAUAACUCGCAGGAACGGGUACGAAACGAUGACGGACAAACGCCUGCCCAAAGACAGGCUGCGGCUAAGCUGGCUCUCAGGAAACAACUAGAAAAAACACUCUUGCAGAUACCUCCACCUAAACCUCCGCCACCGGAAAUGCAUUUUAUUCCAAAUCCGUCAAAUACAGAAUUUAUAUACUUGCUCGGAUUGGAGCAUGUCGUGGACUUCAUUACAAACGGGGAAACAAUCGAAGCCAGCGUACCCAAAGAACCGUACAAAUGUUCUCAGUGCGAAUCUAACUUCACACCAGUCUGGAAAUUAGAAAAACCAUCGAGAAGUAAAGAUUCGAAAAUAAUAUGUGAACUGUGCGUGACCAGCAACGUGAAGAAGUCGCUUAAGGCCGAACACACAAAUCGGCUCAAGACUGCAUUCGUCAAAGCCUUACAGCAAGAGCAAGAAAUCGAACAAAGGCUUGCCCAGGGUUCGCCUCCUUCGUCCGUGUCUCCAGCGCCAGCACAUCCCAUCCAGGUCAAUCCACCGAUGCCGUCAGUUCCCAAGCCAGCCCCGGCUCCGAAACGCAACCCGACACCGCCCCAACCGCCCAAGAUGCAUCCGUCGGAUCCCACUGGAGGCAAAUUCAACGCUGCGGCCGCGCACCUGGCGCUCCAACAACAGAUGUUCAGAGGCCUGUCGCCGCAUCCAGCCGCUGCCAUGCUGCAGUUCGCACCCCUUCUGUAUCCGUACCAGUUGGCCAUGGCGCAAGCCGGCGGCAAGAACUCUGCCGCUGCCGUGGCCGCCAAUUUGGCCGAGCUACAAAGGCAGGCGGUCGAUUUGCAACGGCAGUAUCUUAUGGAAAUGAUGCCCCAACAGGGCCAGUCGCGAUCUUCGUCGCAAACACCCACUUCGGCACACAAUUGGAAAUCAUGAUUGUAAUACACGUUGGCGAGCAAUCUCUGUUAGCGUUUGUAUUAUUAUAUUUUUGCAAUGUGAUUUUUAUUCGGCAUAAAUUAUAUUUUUUCUCGCACACCAAGUGAAUUGCACAUGACGGACGUACGUGUUUAUUUUUUUAAUUGUAUGUUUUGUGGCGUCUGUCGAAUCGAGCGCAAGUCUACAGACGCAUCUGAUCUAUGAAAAAAUAUACAUUCCAACAUAAUAGCACAUACACACACACGUGUAUAAAAUAAAACUAAUGCGGUGCGACGGAUGUCCGCGCUUUGAUAUUGCUUCUCAAGAAGUAAUACUCGAAAAUGCGUAACUGUCGUCUGGGAAACGAUAAAAGUUAAAUAAUAGUAUUAAAAAUAAAACUCUGAACCAAAAAAAAUAUUGCAUUAUCCACCAACGGACGGGACAUUGUGCUCUGGUAUUCUAUUUUGAAAUCAUUAUUAUAAUUAUUAUUAUUAUUAUUAUUAGUUUUUACAUUCAAUUAUUAUUACUAUUAUUAUUAUUAUUAUUACGUUUUUGAAAAUCAUACUCGUUUCGGAAACGAUAUGUUUACGUUUGUACAAAAAUCACCUCGUAGUAAACCUAUUUUUUUUUGUUUACGAUUGUUCAUUUAUUUUGUAAAUAUGAUUAUGAAUUAUAGAAUU